AUGAUUUCCUCAAGAAGAAAGCUCUGGGAUCCUUGUCUCCGACGAUACCCCAUCGUUCUCGUUGGCAAAACGAAGACUGCCACCAGAUAUCCUGGACGGUCAUCUGCGUCCACGCGAGCACUUAUCAGAAGACCUCAUCAAAUUGAGACAAUCCCCCAAUAUGCAUGUCUUCGACGAAGAUACCUGUCUUCUGAUGCUUCGGCUGCCGAGGUUUCCAUUGAAGACUGUGCCAGAUCCAUCGCUCUGGUUGCUAAUAACCAAUCAGCCGUUUCCAUGGAAGCAGCUACCGAAUUGGCACACAAGUUGUCACCACAAGCCAGACGAGAAUUUGUAUCGGCGGCCGAACAAUCCAAUCUGACUGCAGCUGCUGCUGCCACCCAACAAGAAGUUUUGGUAGACGAGGUGCCACCGCCCACCCUCCGGGAUCUACGAUUGGUAGCACUCGCUCAAGCGAUUCCAUUCUUGGGAUUUGGAUUCAUGGACAAUGCCAUCUUGAUCGUUGCAGGAGAUGCUAUUGAUCAAUCAUUGGGUGUGGUUUUGGGCAUCAGUACUCUAUGCGCUGCUGCAAUAGGCAACAUCAUAUCCGAUGUGGCAGGGAUCAUGAUGGGCACUGUUAUUGAAGAUUUCUGUGCCAAUUACUUGAAACUUCCAAUGCCCAACCUAUCCAACGCACAGCGACAACUACGCAGUGUUCGCUUUGCAAGUCAAAUGGGAUGCGGGGUGGGGAUUGUCGUGGGAUGCAUCAUUGGCAUGUUCCCACUCAUGUUCAUCGACUCCAACAGGAUUCACAAGCUCAAACGGGAUGCUGCUUUGCAGGAGAUUUUUGAUGAUGUCAUGUCCGAAUCAAAGACAUUGAUUGGAGCACAGAGCGCCAGUCUAUUCAUCUUGGUCGAGAACGAUCCUCGAAACAACGAAUCACCGAUUCCCAAUCCUGAUGGACAAUAUUUAUAUGCCAAGUAUUUUCACUCGGAUAGUGGCGAAGUGACACAGAGAACCUUCAAGGUUGGACGAGGGAUCGUCUCCAGAGCGGCAUUGACAGGUCAGGCAUGGAAUAUCCAUGAUGUUGACAGCGAACCCGACUUUAGCCAUGAAAUGACAGAUCAAAAGGCAAGGAUCAAAAACAUGGUAUGUGUUCCAGUCUUGGACUCCAACGGGAAGCCCAUUGCGGUAAUCCGUGCAUUCAACAAAGUCGCUGAAGGUAGCCUUGUGGGGAACGAUCCUUCGAAAGCGGAAGAAAACAAGAGCGAAGUUCAACGAAGAGGAUUCACCAACAAUGACGUACAGGUGCUGAAGGCAUUGGCUAGCCAUAUCAGUGUGUCUCUGCAAUACAUGUACCAAGAAGGAGAAGAAGAAAAUGCCGACAAGGGGAUCAAGGAUACAAUUAGAAUAUUGAAGGAGCAUGGACUUUCGGCAUUAUCAGAGGACAAAACCGCUUCAACCUUCAACAGACGCCGCCCUUUGUUUCCUGAAACCUGA